AUGUCAAUAACCCAGAUUUACCAGCCCUGAAAAUUAAAUUCCUAACGCGCAUGACCGACCAAUUUCCCGCCAAACUAAAUUCCCGGUGGUAUCGCAGUUACCAAGGUGGAACCAUUUGUGUUUGCCAUUCAGGGUCAUCGUCGGUUGCUAUGGACCGGGCUUUUGUUUAUUUGCACCAAAUAAUUUGACACUCGUAAGAUUUGCAAACUUCUGGGACUUUCUCAUCAGAUUAUCGAGUUCUUCCACCUGUUUCGGGUUGAAAACAGCCCAAUAAUAGAGUCCAGCCAUCGUCAUGUCCAUCAUCAACAUUUAUCAUCAUAACGAAAACAUCUACAACGUGGAGAAGAAACCGCCUGAACGUCCACCGAAACCGCCGCUCUAUCACUCGCGCUUUGAACACCAGGUCCGCCGAGAAACAAAGUCUAGCAAGGAUGCCCAUCGCACGAUGGGCUACGCCAAAAUUCCUCUGCAAAAACCGGACGAGUUUCUCAAAAAGAACUGCGGGAUCCGCUUUCGGGCUACAAAAUCGGCUCCGGUUCGUCUUUGUGCCGAUCACAAACCCCCUGUGCCGAAAAAAGAAGAUCUGGAUGCCUCCCGGCAGCAGAUACUGAAGUGCGUCGAUUUCAAGGUCGAGAACAUCAAAAAGGUGGCUUGUGCCAACCCGAAGAAGGUUCGACCACGCUACGCGGAUACAAGGAAAGGAGAUUUUCACGAUCUGGAAAAGUCGGGCCUGGUACCGGUUUACAUGUGUCAACCGAAGUACGGCAAGGUCCCGGAGUAUCUCCACCGACGCAAGAAGGACUUGGAAGCGCAGAAGCAACGGCUGAUGGACAAGAUGGCUGAACAGAAGUCCGCCUGUUCGGCGAUUUCGCAGGAGGAACGGCUGGAACUGUUGAAGGGGUUGAAGAAAAACUGGGAAAAUCUUCAGCGGGAGUACCAAAGUCUUCCAUUGUUGAUUGAUACCGUGCCUAAAAUGAUCCGCAAAGCCAAAUUGGAAAAAGGUCUGAAGGAGCUGGAGAAGGACAUCCUGAUGAUGGAGAGCAGCCCCUACAUCUAUGUCUACAGCGAUGACGAAGACAAACAGCUGCCUUAACAAAAGUGAAGUACAUAACCGGAAGUGUUCCAGGAGGGUGUUCUCUAUUUUGAUAUUUUCAGCUUUCAUAUAGUAAGACUCGUAAUAUUUUUUCUCUACUAAAACUAAUAACGUGUGUUUUCGAGUGAUUUCGAUUUUAGCGGUAGUAUGUGAAUUGUGCAAUAAAUCUGAAAAAAUCUUCCGUAUACUUAAAAGAA